AUGCUGUCUUCAGCGGCCGGCGACGACAACGAACAGUUUGAGCAGCCGCUGACUAUCCAUGGCAGAACAACAGAGCCCACUUCAACCCAUCCAAACAACACCAUUUCCUUCCCAAAGGAUACGAGCGCAUCGUCAAAGAGCCAGGAUAACCCUUCCUCGGCUGGUUUCCGUCCACCGUCACCGGCCCCUCGUUUCAAUGGCUUUUCUCAGAAUGCUGCGAUGAACACCAAGAGUUUGCCGCCGGCGCCGCCGCGGACGACCAUGCCCGAUUUUAAUACAAUCUGCAACAACUAUCUCGCCAUGUUGCAUACAUCUCCUGAGCAACAACAACAAGCUUUGCAGGCUGUCGCUGAGCUGGCUGGUACCAGUCCUCUAUCCUCUAGCCAGGGUUUCACUUCUGACAUAUCCACAUUAGCAUCUCCAGAGUACCAGAGCCUUGGCAACUACUUCCCUCACUCGUAUGAGAGCCAGCCUCUGUUUGGCGAUGACCCCAUGAACGCCGACAUGAGCACCGACAUGGACUAUCUUACGUCUCCUCAACUCGAUGAGCUUGCUACCAGCCCUAUGGAUACACCGUAUAGCGCUUUCAUGCCUACUCCGUCACUCGAUAUGGUUGGCGAGUUUGAGGAACCGGCUAUUCUAACAGAAAUGGAGAACGAAUUGGCUGAUCAGCUACUUUCCUGGCCUGAGGAUGGCGGUGAUGCGGUACCAACAACUGACAAACUUCCGACGCCGCCUCCCACUCUCCCUCUAGACCAGAUGUACACGUUGAGCCCAAGCGAGCCAACAAUAGACUUGUUCAACUCGCCUCUUCCUCCCCUCACUCCAACCCCCUCAGCUUCACCUUCUAUUCCCGCCUCUCCUCCUCGUCGUCGUCCCCGCACCAUUGCCAACGCUACUGGGACCCGCAAAAACAUGACAACCCAAGCAAUGAUACCAUACGAUGCCCCAACCCAGACGCGGACCUACAAGACUGUUAGCGCUACAUCGCGAAAAGCUGUUCCAGCUGGGUUCCUUCGUUCCAAGAAGCGGAAUCGUUCCACUGCGUUUGGUGACGAUGACCAUGACGACGGCCGCCCAGCAUCUCCGACUCCAAGCGAGGUCGAGCUCAUUGAGCACAAGCGAAGACAAAACACGCUUGCGGCGAGGAAGAGCCGGAAACUCAAGUUGGAAACCCAAAAAAGGCUUGAGCAAACAGUGGCAGAUCUCGAGGAUCAGGUUUUGACAUGGAAAACUCGUGCUUGUGCGGCACGAGAUUUGCUGAACGCCAAUGGCGUUCCUUUCCAGUUCGACGAGGCGGAUUAA